AUGGUGCUUCACAAGCAUGGUGAGAAACUAUACUCUGGACUAUUAGCAACUAUGACAUGGCACUUAAAAGAAAUAGCAAAAUCCAUAGAGGCAGCAGGUGGUUUGUUCUUGGAAGAGCUGAACCGCAAGUGGUGUGCAAAUAAGGCACUUCAGAUGAUACGUGAUAUACUAAUGUACAUGGAUAGGACAUUUGUUCCUGUUACCAACAAGGUACCUGUUCAUGAGCUAGGCCUCAAUCUAUGGAGGGAUCAUGUCAUUCACUCAAGUCAGAUCCAAAACAGGUUGCUCAUCACUCUCCUCGAACUCAUACAGGACGAGCGAAUGGGUCAAGUAAUAAACCGAGGAUUGAUGAGGAACAUAACUAAAAUGUUGAUGGAUUUGGGAUCUUCUGUAUAUCAAGAAGAGUUUGAGAGGCCUUUCUUAGAGAUCUCUGCUAGUUUUUACAAAACCGAGUCUCAAACCUUUGUUGAAUGCUGUGAUUGUGGUGAAUACCUCAAUAGAGCUGAAAAGAGGCUUAAUGAAGAAAUAGAGAGGGUUUCACACUACUUAGACCCCAAAAGUGAAGCUAAAUUAACAGAUGUAGUGGAGAGAGAGAUGAUCACGAACUACAUGCAGAGGUUGGUUCACAUGGAGAACUCUGGCCUUGUAAAUAUGCUUAUUGAUGACAAAUAUGAAGAUCUUAGCAGAAUGUACUGUUUGUUCCGUCGAGUUUCUGGUGGUCUCUCGAUAAUCAGAGAUGUGAUGACAUCUCACCUUCGCGAAACAGGGAAGCAGCUUGUAGUAGAUCCAGAGAGAUUAAAGGAUCCUGUGGACUUUGUUCAACGCCUUUUAGAUCAGAAAGAUAAAUAUGAUAAAAUCAUCAGCACUUCAUUCAACAAUGACAAGACUUUCCAGAAUGCUUUAAAUGCCUCGUUUGAAUACUUCAUCAAUCUCAACAACAGAUCUCCUGAAUUCAUCUCCUUAUAUGUUGAUGAUAAACUCCGUAAAGGCCUCAAAGGGGUGAGCGAAGAGGAUGUUGAGAUUGUCCUUGACAAAGUGAUGAUGUUGUUUAGGUACUUACAGGAGAAGGAUGUAUUUGAGAAAUAUUAUAAGCAGCACUUGGCAAAGCGGCUUCUUUCGGGUAAAACUGUUUCUGAUGAUGCUGAGAGAAGCCUUAUAGUAAAACUGAAGACAGAGUGUGGGUAUCAGUUUACUUCAAAACUUGAAGGCAUGUUCACAGAUUUGAGGACCUCUGAAGAUACUAUGCGGGACUUCUACGCUAGUCAAUCUUCUGAGAUUGGAGAUGGCCCAACUUUGGGGGUGCAAAUUCUUACAACUGGGUCUUGGCCAACCCAGCCCAGUCCUGCAUGCAACCUUCCCACUGAAAUCCUUGGCGUAUGUGAGAGGUUUAAAUCAUAUUACCUUGGAACUCAUACUGGGCGGAGGUUGACUUGGCAAACAAAUAUGGGUACAGCCGAUAUCAAAGCAACCUUUGGCAAGGGCCAGAAGCAUGAGCUGAAUGUUUCUACAUACCAGAUGUGUAUCUUGAUGCUGUUCAAUUCAUGUGAUCGGCUGAACUACAAAGAAAUAGAACAAGCCACGGAGAUCCCGGCUUCUGAUCUUAAACGGUGCCUUCAAUCCCUUGCUUGUGUUAAAGGUAAGAACGUGCUUCGAAAGGAGCCAAUGAGCAAGGACAUUGUAGAGGAUGAUGCCUUCUAUUUCAAUGAUAAGUUUACAAGUAAGUUCAUUAAGGUAAAGAUUGGUACAGUGGCGGCUCAGAAGGAAUCUGAACCUGAGAAGCAGGAGACUCGCCAGAGAGUGGAGGAGGACAGGAAGCCUCAGAUUGAGGCUGCCAUUGUAAGGGUUAUGAAAUCUAGGAGGGUAUUAGAUCAUAAUAACAUUGUAACAGAGGUGACGAAGCAGUUACAGGCAAGGUUUCUGCCUAACCCAGUGGUGAUAAAGAAGAGGAUCGAAUCUCUAAUUGAGCGGGAGUUCUUAGAAAGGGAUAAGUCUGAUAGGAAACUGUAUCGAUACCUUGCCUAAAUCUAACAUGGAAUACUCUGAUUUGAGGCCUUAAGAGCCCAAGCACACCGGGUAAUAUGAUCAUCUUUUCGUAACCCUUGCUUCUGUUGCUAUUCCUCAUAUGAAGUAUAGCUGUCACCUUUCUGAUGAUUGUGAAUCUUGUUACUCUGCAUGAUGCCACAAACCAAGAUGGCAUUAUUUUGAGGAUGAUAAUUGGAGGACCAGGUUGCUGGAAAAUGUCGUAGCACGGCGCUAUCGUCUGGUUAACUCAAACUUAUCAUCCUUUUUGGUCAUUUUGUGCUUUAUUGGUCAUCUUGUGCUGUGUGUGGUAUUCUGGGGGGCAAGAUCAUUUUCCUGCACCUAUUUGUUGGGCCUCUGGAGAUGCAUGAAUCUCUUCAUGUAAGGCAUCUCAGAAAUGUUAUCAUGUUAUUUAGAAUCCAAUUUCUACAGCCUUUGUGAAUAGAAAGAUUAUGCCAUGGAAACAUUUUGUCCAUCUGUCAGCGAUUAAAAAAUAGUAGUGCUCGAUCUUGGAAGCUGUUAAAAA